AUGGACAAAAUGUGCCCGAUUCCCUACACGGAAGAGAUGCAGAAACAAAUACUCAACUACCAUAACAUGGUUCGCAGUAAGGUCAACCCAACUGCCACGAAUAUGGAAAAAAUGUAUUGGGAUGAUAAGAUGGCAGAAAUGGCGUUAGAGCACUCCAAAAAAUGUGUUUUUGAGCAUAACACGUUUGCUGAAAGACGUUUUGACGGUUAUAUAAAUGUUGGGCAAAAUUUGUUUGCAAGCUCAGUAAAACCAAAUGCUACAGUUCCCGCAAUUGCCUGGCAUGCAGAAGUUAAGGAUUUCACAUUUGGACAGUCAACCGCAGCAGUUGUUGGUCAUUACACACAGGUUGUACAAGGAAAAGCUGCACGCAUUGGAUGUGGAGGUGCAUAUUGUCCCAACAACAGGCUAAAAUAUAUCGUUACUUGCCAUUAUUUGCGAGGUCAAUAUAAUUACAUAACUCCAUACGCCAAAGGUACAACAUGUGGGAGCUGUCCAGAUAAAUGUCAGCAAAAUCUUUGCGACUGCAAUGGCAUAGUGUGCCAACAUGGUGGUAGAUUGAAUCGUAAUACUUGCGAAUGCUCUUGUCUGGGGUUGUCUACUGGUAAUCUUUGCCAAAAUUGUAAGUUAACUAUUGCAAUCAUUUUACAAUCUAUCUAUCUAUCUAUCUAUCUAUCUAUCUAUCUAUCUAUGGCCAUUUGUUUGGUUUUUGUUUGUCUAUGUAUACAUAUGUAA